UUGGAGGGGGACCAGCUGUUAAUCAUCUGUAUGUUUGUCAUACUUGUCAAAUGGAGUCUGAAAGAAUUGAAAAGAGGAGGAAAAAUGAAUUGGAAAUGUUUAUUCGGCUUAAUAGAGCAUUCCAAGAAGAAGAAUCUCCAUCAACUUUUUAUUGCAUCAGCUUGCCAUGGUUCAGAGAAUGGGAAGGAUUUGUAAAGGGCAAAGACAGUGAGCCUCCUGGUCCUAUUGACAAUGCCAAGAUUGCAGUCACAAAAGGUGGAAAUGUUGUGCUAAAGCAAGGUGCAGAUUCUGGACAGAUAUCUGAAGAAACAUGGAAUUUUCUUCAGUCAAUCUAUGGGGGAGGUCCAGAGAUUAUCCUAAGACCACCUGUUCCUCCAGUAGAUCCUGAUAUCUUGCAAACAGAGGAGAAGAUUGAAUUAGAAACUCAUGGUCUGUAGCUGUUGAGAUAAAGAUGAUCAUGUAAGAGAUUCAUCCUUCCUUACAAAAGGCCCCUAUACAUUCCUGAA